CGUUAAACGGACACUUAUCUGAACAAUCAAAAAUCUAAAGAAACAAUAUGAAGGUCUACAUUACUUUAGCUGUUGUUUGCUUAAUUGCCAGUGCUAUUGCUUUCCACGAAUUGACUGAGGAGGACAAAGCCGAAAUCGAGGGUCAAUAUCAGGAAUGUGCUAAACAGGAAAACGUCUCCGAACAAGAAGCCACCAAAGUACGCAACAAGGAAUUCGCUAAUGCUACACCCGCCAUGAAAUGUUUCGGAGCUUGCUUCUUUGAGAAGGUGGGAAUUUUGAAGGACAGCGUUGUACAAAAAGAUGUGGUUUUGGAGUUAUUGGUACCUCACUACGGCAAUGAAAAUGUGACGAAAGCUUUGGAAAAGUGCGAGAACAAAAAGGGUGCAGAUCGUUGCGAAACCGGUUUCAAAGUCUAUGAAUGCAUCGAAAAUGAAAGAGCUGAAUGGGGUCAUUAAAUUUGGACUUGGAAGUUGAGGAAAACAAUAUUAGAUGAAGCAGAUACUAUUUUCAAAUAAAGAAAAAUUUUAAACAAAGUCUAUUAAAAUGAAAA